GAAGUGAGGUUAUGUCAAUAGCGCCGGCGCAAUUUGGGACACCCUGUGUCGCCACCACGCGAUCGUUGUCCAAAGUCCACCUGGACAAUUUUGACAUUUAUUAUCACUCUCUCCAUCUCACUCACUCCCAUACGAUUUGGUAUGCUCGGUAUGGUGUUUUCUUUGUCUCGUGAAAAAACCACUUUACGAAGCGGGAGAUUUUCUUACGGAUUUCUCAGGAUUUUCUAUGGUUUGGGUGCUGGCCGGUGUGGCAAGGAAUAAUCCAUAUCUUGUGGAUCAGAUGUGCUUGUAGUUCAGUUUGGAGGGAAUAAAAACAUGGAAAAAAUGAAGAGGAAAGCAAAUGCUGAUGCCUUCCUCACGGUUAAUGAACGUCCUGUGGAUGAUAUCUCCCUGGAAUUCUUCUACAAGCCCCACACCAUCACCCUCCUGGCCUUCUCCAUUGUCUGUGCAAUGUAUUUUGCCUUUGUGCGCAAUGAGAGUAACAUCGAGGAUAACAUCUGGGCAGGAAUGAUCUGUGUCAUCUUCUUCUUUCUUACUGUGUCUGUCAUUGCAUUCCCCAAUGGUCCCUUUACACGACCCCAUCCGGCUGUCUGGAGGAUGAUCUUUGGGCUAUCGGUACUCUAUCUCCUUGGUCUGCAGUUUCUCAUGUUUCAGAACUACAAGACUAUCAUGGGAAUAUUCUACUGGUUGGAUCCGGGUCUUAGGAACUUCCACAUAAAUAUGGACAAGGAAUACGGUGUCAAUUGUUCAGACAUCACAGUCGAGAGGAUCUGGUCACAUGUUGAUGUCUUUGCUCUGGCCCAUUUUCUCGGUUGGAUGUUCAAGGCCAUAUUAAUUAGGCAUAUGGGUAUUCUCUGGGCUAUUAGUAUCAUGUGGGAAAUAACUGAGAUUGCCUUUGCUCAUCUUCUGCCCAAUUUUGUGGAAUGCUGGUGGGAUGCCAUGAUCCUAGACGUUGUCCUUUGCAAUGGCAUAGGGAUAUGGUGUGGACUGAAACUGUGUAAGAUUCUCGAGAUGCGAGAGUACCGAUGGAUUAGCAUCCGGGAUAUUUCGAGUACUUCCGGAAAGAUAAAACGGGCUGUACUGCAAUUUACACCACAGAGCUGGACAGCUGUGCGAUGGCUUGAUCCCAAGAGCACUUACAUGCGUUUCCUGGCUGUGUGUCAAUUGGUGAUCUUCUGGCAAGUCACCGAACUCAAUACCUUCUUCCUCAAGCAUAUCUUCGAGAUGCCACCAUCUCAUCCUGUUGUCAUCGUUCGUCUCAUCCUCAUUGGCCUCUUCACAGCACCAUCUGUCCGGCAGUACUACAUCUACAUCACGGACACUCAGUGUAAGCGUGUUGGGACUCAGUGCUGGGUCUACGGCGGAAUAAUGGUUUCCGAAGCGAUUCUCUGUAUAAAAAAUGGAAAAGAGUUGUUUGAGCGCACCCAGGCCACAAAUAUAAUUGUCUGGCUGCUCAUUCAACUCUUCGUGUCCGUGGUAUUUGUCUAUGGGUACAUGCUGUGGCACAAAUACUUCCAGCCCGACAGUGAGGGCUCCAAAGAAGCCUCUCCAGCCAAAGUUGCAACACCCAGCAAAAUGCCCAAGAACAAAACCCGGAAACUCAUUUUUGAAUCUGACGGAUCAUCUUCACUAAAGAAAGAUGACUAACAUCUCAGAUAAAACACAACACUGAACCAAAGACCAGCGAUAUCACUCACUAGCAACCUCCUUUCUCAGCAUAAGGCUUAUUCUCUUUUUUUUUGGUAGUCGAGUCAAAAAUAUAAUCGAAAGACUUGCGAUUUGUAGGAAUUAAGAAUAAAAUUAAAAAAAGCAUUUCUCUCCAUAUUAAUCGCUCUCAGAAAUUUUUAAAAAAAAUGCCAUCCACCGAAUUUUCGCCAUUUUACUCAAUAAUUAUUGUGAAAAUAAAAGACAAGUUGACCUUUAUAUGUCCUUCUAUCAAAGGCAACUCAUAGUGGUAAUGAGGGAGUGAUUCAAAAAUAUAUUUUACUCAGAGAAUGUAAAGAAAGUGAAUAGAAAUAAAAUUAUAAAUAAUAAACCUUUUAAAAUGUGAAA